GGCCUCUCCUGCCCAGGCAGUCAUCCUGUAAAUUUAGAUUACUAAGGAAUGAGUGAGAUUGGUAAAGAUUUAAAGAUCAAGCCUAAGCUCAGCAGAAGCCUGCUCCUUUCCCAAGACCAAAGGCCACAUCACCCUGCACCGAGGACACCCCAGCAGCCUGGCAGUGCCCCGGCAAGUCCUCAUCUCCAGGCAGAGCCCUGACCCCGGUACGGAUCUGCAGAGCUCUGCUUUGCUGGCCUCUGGGCACUUUUCCCCCCCUCAGGAAGCUCCAGCUGCUGCCGUGACCUGUUCGUUGAGCUCCUGCGAGGAGGGGUCCUGAGCUGCCCCUGAGCUGAGCAUCUGCCGUCCCACCUUGUCCUGCGCACCUGCCCUGGGAGAAACCACCUCCUGCGGGGAGAGCAUCGCCCGGUGACACCGGGAAACCCAGCACGGGAGCGGCCCUGGAGCGCGGGGUGAUCCGGCGGCAGGAUCCGGAGCAGGAUCCGGAGCAGGAGCUGAUCUCCCACAUGGAUGAGGAGGAGGAACUGUGGAGCUCCCGCCUCCACACCUAUGAAGGGGAGACCUUUCUGCGUGGCACCUGUCCAGCUGAAGAGGGAGUUAUCAGCAAGGAAGAGGAGAAUGCCCACCAAGACAUCCCUGGGCCAGUGGAGCCUGAGGUUUUCCUCUCAGGACUCUCCAAAGAGAAGGGUUCCCAGAGCCCUGCACAGGACCCAGUGCUCCCAGGCAGGUCAGAAGGGGUUCAGAGACCUCUGGGGAAGAGGCAAAGCCGAGGGAAAAGUUUUAGGAGCCUGCCAGAUACUCUCCAGCAGAGAAACCCUUCUGUGGGGAGACUGAUGAUAUGUGGGGACUGUGGGAAGAGCUUUCGGGUGAGCACCAACCUGGUCCAGCAUCGGAGGAUCCACACUGGAGAGAAACCCUUUUCCUGCCCGGAGUGCGGGGAGAGUUUCCGGCAGCGCUCGCAUCUCGUCCAGCACCGGAGGAUCCACACGGGGGAGAGGCCCUACGAGUGCUCCGAGUGCGGGAAGAGCUUCCGCGUCAGCUCCAAGCUGAUCCGGCACCAGGUCACCCACACUGGGGAGAAGCCUUACAAGUGCGCCGAGUGUGGGAAGGGCUUCUCCGGGAACUCGCAGCUCGUCCAGCACCAGCGGGUCCACACCGGGGAGAAACCCUACGGGUGCAGCCGCUGCGGGAAGAGCUUCAGCGUCAGCUCCGCCCUGACGCGGCACCGGCGCGUCCACACCGGGGAGAGACCCUACCCGUGCGGGGAGUGCGGGAAGAGCUUCAGCCAGAGCUCCGAGCUGAUGAAGCACCAGCGGGUCCACAGCGGGGAGAAACCCUACGAGUGCUCCGAGUGCGGGAAGAGCUUCAGCGCCAGCUCCGCCCUCACCCAGCACCGCCGCUUCCACACGGGCCAGCGCCCCUACGGCUGCGCCGAGUGCGGGAAGAGCUUCACCCUCAGCUCCCACCUCCUCCAGCACCGCCGCUGCCACACCGGGGAGCGCCCCUUCGGCUGCAGCCGCUGCGGGAAGAGCUUCCUCUGGAGGUCGGCGCUGCUGCGGCACCAGCGGGUGCACUCGGGGGAGCGGCCCUACCCCUGCCCGCAGUGCGGGAGCCGGUUCCGGCAGAGCGCCCACCUCGCCCAGCACCAGCGCACCCACACCGGGGAGCGGCCCUACGCCUGCCCCGACUGCGGGAAGGGCUUCACCGUCAGCUCGGCCCUCCUCCGGCACCGGCGCGUCCACAGGACCGGGGAACCCUAG